AUGAACAGAAGAAUUUCUAAUAGACCUCAGGCCGUUCUCCUUCAGAUGGAGGACGACAUCCUCUGGGGAAACGAAGACAGUUUUCAGGAAGGUUUUAGCAGGCUGGCACACCUCGGUGAAGACCGUCAACGUGAACUGGUCGAACAACACUGUCUUCUACAUCAAGCAGCAGAGCAAAACUCCUUACCUAUUGUCAACCUCCUUUUCUCCCUCAAGCUCGACGCGAAUGGGAGAAACCUCAAGGGCGAGACGGCUCUGCAUAUAGCAGCUGCUUCGAGAUCUGAGAACGCACCCAAGAUCGUCACAGCUAUGAUUCACCAUGGCGCUAAUGUCAAUUUGAGAGAUGCACGCCAAUGGCUACCUCUCCAUCGGGCCGUGGCAAACCACGCAGCAGAGAAUGCGAAUAGACUCAUUGACGCCGGCGCGGAAGUCAAUGCAACAGUUCCCGAAGUCGGAGCACCAAUAUACCUGGCGUUGAAUUUGUUUCAGGACUUCCCCACGACGGCUGUGGAGGUGAUUUCCAAGCUUCUAACAGCUAGAGCAGAUCCCAACUCCAAAGACCAUCAUGGAAACGCCCCUCUUCACAUGGUCCACAAAGGCGAGUGGCAAAUAGUCAAUCGUCUGCUUGCAGCCGGAGCAGAUCCUAACGCCCAAGACGACGAGGGGGAUACCCCUCUCCAUAUAGCUACUAAAAACCGCGACUACCCUUUAGCCGAAACAGAAGCGGGCGAUGAAAACUCUGCACCGAAGCAAGUGACGCUCGGCCAGCUAACCAAGGCUACAUAUUCGCCCACAGUGUAUGAUAUGUUAUACGAUGACGCCCUUUUGAAAGGAAUUCUGGACACGUCUAGUGGUUUUAGGUGGAUUCACCUGCCAUUCACAAUCCUAUGGGUAGAUCACCUGAUUGACGCUAUCUGUAGAUUUAACGCGCACAUUAAUCCGAGUGAGACAAAUUUGUCCGACAGCGCUGACAUUAAGCGGUUUAUCGUGGAAACAUUCAAUGAAACUGGGCUAGUAACAGGCUAUAGGCAGCCUGGUUUUGUGAUCGAACAUAGCGUAGAAAAACAGAUACCCUACAGAGUCUCAUUAGCUCUGCCUUUGAUUGACGUGGACUAUAGCAUUAACGAGAAGGCACGCUUGAAAGCUGAGGUCGGAAUGGGGAGAAAGGAGGAUAGUAAUCACCAAAAGCACAUCCAAGCAAUGAAGGAAUUGAAGUACAGCUACAGAGACUCUUGUUGCAAGCUACACUCGCCCCGUACACUGGAUGAGUCAAGUUAUGACUUUCUGGAGGAUAAUGAUUUGGAAAGCCGAGACCAGGGUCAGGUUCUCACUGUGUAUUUGGACGGCCAGAAGACGAUUGCUGAGUCGGGAUCAUCGACGCCGGGACUAAAGCCAUUCCACAUUAGACACGGUUCAAUGCUUCCAAAACCCGAAAACAGGGAGGGUGCGAUGACAGACUCGCCACGCCACAUGAUCAAAAACGCAAAACUAGCGGCGCAUUCAGCCAGUACUGACCGGGAGAAGAAUCUGAUCAGCCCACAAAUGCUGAUGGUCCCUCAGCUCUGGCUUUGGAAAAUUGACGAGCGUACCAUCAUUUCAGCAUUCCCAGAAAGAUGGGAUUCACGCUAUGGCCAGUCCAUGUUUGAUAAAGUCCGAAACGAACUGCAGUUCGCUGCAACGGUAGAAGAUGUUAUUGUCAAGAUAGCGGACACUUGUAUUAAUUACAUCGAAGACUCAUGGUAUGUGUCCGAAGGGAGGGGCUACACAACCUUCGACGCAUUCGAUUAUGCUAUUGCAGGUGUGUCCAACGAAGUCACCAAAUGCUACGAAAGAUUCGAGAAGUUGGUGGGCUCAUCAAACAAGAACAUCCAUCCUGAAGUCCAGAACGGCGCAGGCCUACUCAAGAAGAUUAGCGACGUUAUAGAUGAGAUUGGUAUUAUUAAGAGAGUGUUAAAUGACCAGUCGGUUGCCAUGAAAAAUAUCCUACGAUGGAGAUCCAAACUGGAUGGGUCUGCCAACGUUAUCCACGAGACCAAUUACGUCCACUAUCCACUGGAACGAUUUACACGGCUAGAGCAGAACGCGAGCAGCGUUCGGAAUUCGCUUAUUACACUUCUUGACAUCUGGCAAAGGGAAUCGAUUAUUGAUGACGCGCAGGAGGAAUCAAGGCAGUCUCGCGUUUUAUUCGUCUUCACGGCUAUCACUGUCUGUUUUCUGCCCCUGUCUUUUAUUGGACAGCUAUUAGCCCUCCCAAUCCGAGGGCUGGGGUUGGGCGAGAGCUAUACCCCUGCCUGGGUCCUCGAAGUAGAAGUGAUUACGAUGAUGGUUACUCUUAUUGCCAUAAUCAGCCUCUUCUGGAUGUGUUUUGGACUACCAGAAUACGUCAAGAAAAUCUGGAAAUGCAUUUCCCCCUCCGCCUCACAUCCAGGAUCUGCUCAGAAUAAGGCGCCAGGUACUAAAGAUAGGAAGAAAAAAAGCGAGUCUCGACAGACUCAUGCCAAGCUUUCUUCUCUACUGUGCCCGCGCCUCAGAAAUAAACGACAAACUAAGACACAACGAGACCUGGAAAACGGCACAGGCAGAGUUGGAGAUGGAAGAUAUUCGAAAAGAUAG